CGCUCCAAACCUCUUUAUUUGCGGGCCCUCCACCAGCUCCAGGCUCCAUCUCCCUGAAAUUGGGGCCCCAAUUCAAAUUUCUCAUAAUUCCCAUAUAUCAAAUCAUUUCUCCAUUAUUUAUCCCAUAAAGUAAAAAAAGGUAAAAAGAAAAUCUUGAAUUGUUUUAGAGCGAGGAGCAGUGGCAGUGGUAGACCCAGCACACACCUAGUGAGUAGUGCCCUUUAAUUCCUCCAUGUGACAUUUCAAACAGAACCUCAAACCUUUCUCCCUUACUUCCCCCCCUCCAUUUCUCUUCUACUAGGAUUUCUGUCAACCACCCUUCGUAUGAAGACCAGCGCCAAGUUUAUCGUUCUCCACCCCUCCCUACACAAGCCAGGCGGUGGCGGAGGAGGAACCCCAACUGUCGCCUCUCACCGCGCCUGGCUUGUCGUUUUCGUGCUCUUCUUCAUCUUCACUUUUGCUUUCACUCUUUUCAGCACUAGGGACACGGGUUCCGCCGCCAAGAUAGCCACCAAUGCCGCAGCUAGAGCCAAGUCUCAGCUGCCCAGACCCGUUUUCGAUGCGCUCCUCCACUAUGCUUCCGAGAACAUUACCUCCUCCGCCGGCCGUAUGUCCUUUGCCGAGGUGAAGUCUGUCGCCGCCUCCCUCCGGCGCUGCGCAACCCCGUGUAAUUUCCUCGUUUUCGGCCUCACGCACGAAACCCUCCUCUGGAACUCCCUCAACCACAACGGCCGCACAGUUUUCGUCGACGAGAGCUCCUACUUAAUCUCCAAACUGGAAGAGAAAUACCCGCCGCUCGAAGCGUACGACGUGCAGUUCACAACGAAGGUCAACGAAUUGUACGAUCUGAUAGAGCACUACAAAUCACAAGUAACCAACGAGUGCCGCCCAGUCCAAAACCUCUUGUUUUCAGACUGCAAAUUGGCCAUAAACGACUUACCAAACCACAUAUACGACGUUGCCUGGGACGUGAUACUAAUAGACGGGCCACGGGGGUACUCCAGCACAACGCCGGGGAGGAUGGGGGCGAUAUUCACCGCCGGAGUUCUUGCGAGAAGCAAACGGGGCGGCGCAGCUGAGACCCACGUAUUUGUUCAUGAAAUUGAGAGAGAAGUGGAGAGAGUUUGCAGCGAUGAGUUCCUCUGCGGAGAAAACUUGGUGGAGACUAAAGAAUCUUUGGGGCAUUUCGUGGUCGGAAAAAUGGAGGGCAAUAGGAACAGAUUCGGGUUCUGCUCCGGUUCUGGUUCGUCUGUUUCUCCUGAAUCCACCUGAUUCAUCUUUUAAUUCUUUUUUUACUUUUUAAUUUUCGGGUAUACUCUACAGUGUGUGUAAUAUGUUAACAGGAUUUCAAAUGCCAAAUAUAUAUAUAUACUAUAUUUUAGCAGCAUC